UUAUGAUAUUCGUGAAUGGAUAUCAGGGUUUUCACAACCAAUGAGGGAUCAUACCAAACCAAAGUGCUUUAAAUUUGUGCUUAAUGACAAAGGAAAGGCUGUCAUGCACUACAGAAACUGGAGUCAUGAAGAGUGGUUUGGCCCUUUUCUUGUCUUUGAGGGCAACCUCCCCACCAGGAAGCCCCUGCUUGAGAAGGCAAAUCUAAACAAAAUAGAUGUUGAUGCAUUAAGGAGAGAUCUCAAUAAGUAUUCUGGCAAUAUACCCCAAGUAGCAUGUGACUUCUGGAAUUCAUGGCUGGACAACAUUGAUGAUUUGACUGCUUUACCAAAUGAUUAUGAAUGGCCGCUUGAUAUACUUGAAAACUCUUUAAAAACUGAUCCAUUACCAGCUGUCCAGGAAGCAUUGGUUGACCUCCAUGCUAUAAGAGAAAAGGAGCUUGAACCAACUAGAGAGAUUUACUCAGGUCCCUAUCGAAGUCGAGCUGAUAAGGAAAACCCCAUACAAAUGGAUGAUAACUUUCUGGAUGGUCUAACAGAAGGUUCAUUUKUAGCUAUGCAUUUUGAAAAUUACAGUGUUACCCCUGUAAUUGGCAAAGUUGUGAAAUUAGAUCAAGAUAAUUUCCAGGUGCACUAUUGGAAGGGUACCUACCUUGGUAAAUGGGCACCACAGCAUGUUCCGCGUCGUAAACAACAACCUUGGCUGGAAUGGUUACCUAAAACCUGUAUUAUUAAGCUAAGUGAUGGAAAACUUCUGCCAACAACAAGAAACUUUCUCAGAGAAAAGACCAACCCAAGAGUAGCUGCUACAGAAAAGACUCAUGUUAUAGACACAUCAAGCUGCCAGAGUGUACAAGAGAUUGCUGUUCGCAUGCAGCAUGCUCAACAAACAGAGAAAGCUGACCCUAUGAAUGUUGCGAGCACUAGUUGUGCCCAAGUCGAGGUUGAUGACUCAGAGCUAACUGACCACAGUCAAGAGAACACUGAUAUUACCAGUUCAGAGGUAAAUAAGACAACUACAGCUAGGUAA